CAUCUGCUUAAUCGGAUUGUCUUCACCCAUCAUCAUCAUCUUACUGGCGCUCUGGCGCGAGCAGACAACAGUGACACCACCUUUGUGCUCUCACCCUUCACGUCUACACCUCAUUGACAUUAGUACAGGAGCCUAUAUUUCGCACUUGCACCUUGGGCGCUUAAGCUAUUAUGUCCUCCCUCGUCUCUACCGGCCCUCGUAGAGGCGCGGUGAUGACGGAACACACUUUCCAUGCCAUGGCUGACUCCCAACAGCCCCCAUCUUUUGCAGUUUCAGACAUUUACCAUGCACUAAACGAUGAGUCGGCCGGAUUAGCAUUUCUCAAGGAUGCUGAAGUGUCCGAUGUUAUUUGUUACCACUCCGAAGGUUCAGGGAGCCAUUAUUAUCUGAUGUUGAAUGUACGGUUACCCCAGCAAACCGGCGCGCACAACGUCGUAUGCGCCCGCGCCGAGAGGGUCCCUGGCACACAAGAACGUGCGUUUUUCGGAAUCGUGCGACGGGCUCCUGCGGCUUGCGAUAACAUCAAGUUCUCGUAUUCCGCCCCCGUAAUUCGGGGUCCGGGAGACGACCUCAUCAUGAUGCUCCGUUGUAACAGCGUUAGGCUCAUCCAAGCCGUUUAUUUGUUUGGCAUCAUUCAUACUCACUCUCAAGAGUAUCAUGCAACGAGCCUCAACUCCUCGUGGUUUGCCGCAGCGUCGGUGUUCUGCGUCAUUUAGACGGCAACAGUGAUUGGACCAGCUCCCCCAACAGGGAAUGGAUUCGAGCUGCUGUGGGCAGUAGUACGAAGGAAGUGACGAGGAAAGUGACGCGCGAGGCUCUCUCGUUUUGGGACGUCCAUGAAGUUGUUGAUCUCAGCAAUGAAGCAGUGUGGGGGCCUUAUCGCGAACCUACCUCCCAAACAGAGCCUCUGCAUGAACCCGCUUCUCCUCAGUCCACACUGUCUCAACCUCUUCUAACCCUAUCCCCAACUACUUCUCUCUCCCCUAAAGGGUCUGGCAACACGUCGC